UCGGGGGCAAUAAACUUCAGCAAAGUUGCGAUAAAGCGUCCUGAUAAGAUAAAAUGACAAACUUUGUCCACAAAGGGAACAUCUGACAUUUUACAAAACUCGGCCCGACUAUCAACACCGCAAACUUUCCGAAGCAUGCUGUGGACAGCCGUGGUGUGCCUCCUGUUAGGAGCCGCUCGGAGCCUGCCGGCCCCCGCCCUCCCCCCCAGGCAGAAGGUCCUGCUAGUGUCCUUCGACGGCUUCCGCUGGGAUUACGACCGCGACGUAGACACGCCGAACCUGGACCGCAUGGCCCGUGAUGGCGUCAAGGCCGAAUACGUUACGCCGCCGUACCUCACCAUCACCAGUCCCACGCACUUCACGCUCCUCACCGGUCGCUACAUCGAGAACCACGGCGUGAUCCACAACAUGUGGUUCAACACCAGCAGCGCCGAGAAGAAACCGUACUACCAGACGCAGUUUGUCAACGAGUGGUGGGACAACGGCACGCUGCCCAUCUGGAUCACGGCGCAGAAACAGGGCUUGAAGUCAGGUUCUCUUCACUUCCCCGGCACGGCGUCCAGCUACCAGGGCCAGACGGCGAUGGUGCGCGAGGUCGAGCCGCUCCUCUACAACUACAAGAACGAAACGGCUUGGCGCCAGAACGCCGACAAGGUGAUGGGCUGGUUCCGAGACCAAGAUCUGGACUUCGUGUCGCUGUACUUCGGCGAACCGGACGGCACGGGGCACCGCUACGGCCCGGACUCGUCUCAACGACGGGACAUGGUCCGGCAGGUGGACCGCACCGUGGGCUACAUCCGACAGUCGGCGGAGAACCAUGGACUCAACGACAUCUUGAACAUCAUCAUCACCUCCGACCACGGCAUGACCACCGUGUACCGGAACGGACUGGUAGAGGAAAUCACGCUUUCCAAGAUCCCGGGGUUCUCCUUCCGGGACCUGUCCUUCCACCUGGUGGACUUUGGGCCUUCGGGGAUGCUGCUGCCCAAGCCGGGUAAACUGGAGAAGGUGUACCAGGCCCUGAAGGGGGCGCACCCGCACCUCCACGUCUACAAGAAGGAGGAGAUGCCCGAGCGGCUUCACUUUGCCAACAAUGAGCGCAUUCUGCCCAUCAUUCUGCUGGCCGAUGCGGGUUACGUCAUCAAUGGGUACUUCCCCGUGCAGUUCAACAAGGGCGAGCACGGCUUCGACAACCAGGAGAUGGACAUGAAGGCUUUCUUCAGGGCGGCGGGGCCGGCGUUCCGCAAGGGCCUGAAGGUGGGCCCCUUCGAGACGGUUCACAUUUACCCGCUUAUGUGCCACAUCCUGGGCAUCCAACCCGAGGUCAACGAUGGCCGCCUGGACGCCACAAGCGAGAUGCUGCUCACCCGCGCCGCCCAGGAUGACGAAGAAGUCAAGCCUGUAAACUUGGUUGCGAACGCCAUCACCGGCUUGGCUGUGACGGCUGGAUUUCUUCUCAUCGUUUUUUUCGUGAUAGUGGCGCGUAAAUUGCUCAACGAUAGACGACAAAAAAGAUCAGCAGAGCCCACGAAUCUUGCAGAAAAGACUCAACAAACUACAUUUUGAGCAAAAACGACAUAAAUGCAAGGAUUGGUCAACUCUGUGUGAUUGUGUGUAUGUGAUGAACGGAGGAGUGAGUUCAUAAAAUAAAUUGAAAA